CACUGAUUGGCAGCACUGAUAGGUGGCACUGAUAGGUGGCACUGACUGGCACUGAUGGGUGACACUGAAAUGCAGCUCAGAUGGGCACUGAUAUGUGGCAUUGAUGUGGCACUGAUGAGCACUGGCAGGUGGCAUGGAUGAGCACUGAGAGCUGGCACUGAUGGACACUGACAGGUGGCACUGCUGGGGCUACACUGAUCGUCAGGGCACACUGAUCGGCACUGUCAGCGUGACAGCUUGUGAGGAGAGAAAUGCAGAUAACCGGCAU